AUGAACUUAAUAAUAAAGAUAUUCUAUCUUUUUUCCCUACUAAUAAAGUAUACAUUAUCAGAUGCUAUUCUACCGGGAGCUUCAAAUGAAACUUUAGAGGUUGCUUUAAGAUCUCAAAGAGAUAUAUCAAAACCAAUUCCUAUUGAUCAAUUAUCAGUUUCUGGUUUAUCAUUAAGUUCAAUAUUUGAAAAUAAUGUUUAUAAUACUGAAAGUUUAUCAAAUUUAACUACUUUAUUAAAUAAGGGAACUCAAGCGAUAAUGAUUGAUUUAUAUUGGAAUGAAUUUACAUCCAUAUGGCAAUUAUGUCCUGCACCAUUUCCUCAAAAUUCUUCUUCAGCUAUAAAUAAUACACCUUCCAUUAUAUGGAAUAAUCAAACUUAUUCUUGUGAUUUAGAAUUAACAACAGAUUAUGUAAUGGAAGUUAUUACUUCAUAUAUAACGUCUACAAAUACUGAUUAUCAAGCUAAUUUUUUACAUAUUUUAGUUAAUUUAAAAUCAAUUCAUUAUGAAAAAUCAAAUCAAACUAUUGAAUUGGAAAAUAUUUAUAAACCGACUCCAGAAACAACUUCAGUUGGAAAUUCAACAUUAUCUGAAACUUUUGCAUUAAUGUCACUGUAUAUAUUUGGUCCACUGACUUUAAAUGAUUAUCGAUCUAAAGUUCAAGAAGAAGAGGAAAAUCAUGAAUUUGUAUCAUUUUAUAAUAGAUCAGAUAUAAUUAUGCCUUCAUUAACAACAGUUUUACUUAGUGAAUAUAAAAGAUUAAUGGUUAAUGUUAUUUCAGAUGAGACUAUUGAUUCAAGACGUUCUUAUACUAUCAAUGAACUUGAUAAAAAUAUGAUAUUUUUUAAUGAUACUUUACCUACAAAUACUAUGUCAAUUUUGGAGGCUGACGAUUAUUGUAAACAAGUUUUGGUUCCAACAAAUGGUCUUCGUCAAUUCAAUAAUUUGUCACUUUCAACUCAUUUUAGAUAUGUUAUUGAUAGCAAAAGUGUUCCUUUUACAUUGAAGAAUAUACGAAGAUAUGUAAGAUGUGGGUUAUCACCAAUUUUCAAUUCUACUACGUACAAUGUUGGGAAUUUACUGAAUACAAUUAAUUCACUGGAUAUUGAACAAGUCUAUCAAGCUUAUGCUCCAUAUUAUUUCUGGUCUUGGAGUCCUGGUCAACCAGAAAUUAUGGAAAAUACUACCAGAAACAAUUCAGGUGAUCCAGAUGAACUGAGAAAUGUUGCUUAUAAAUGUGUAUAUUUACAAAAUGAUGGUUGGCAUGUUGGAGAUUGUUAUGAAAGAUUUGAAUUUGCAUGUCAAAAUAAAACCUCACCAAAUGAUUGGCUUAUUCAAAAAGAAAAUAAAAAAACUUAUUUUGAAAUUGGUAAGGAAGAUUGUCCAGAUGGGUUUAAUUUUAGUUUACCAAGACUGAAUAUAGAAAUGCUUUCACUAUUAACUGCUGUUGAUUUGCAAAAUGGUACAUAUCCUAUUUGGAUAGAUUUAAAUGAUAUUACUAUUGCAACUUGUUAUGUUUCUGGUGGUCCUUAUGCUCAAUGUCCCUAUCAAAGAACGGUCACAAGUCAAAGAUUUGCUAGAAUGAUUGCACCAGCUUCAGUUAUUUGUAUAAUUGUUUUGAUUUUAAUUUUAUUGGAGAAAAUAUUUAGAAAAAAUCAUAUUCAAGCUAAUAGAAAACGAUAUUGGAAAAAGAAGCUUAAUGAUUAUUACAAAUUAAAUGAUUAUGAAGGAGUGCCAUCUUAA